AUCAUCAAAAGGUCAAUGUUGACCUGUUAACGAUCAAAAUGUAUCACUCAAAAUCAUACAACAUCACAGUCAUAUAACUAAAGCUAUGCUUUGUAUUUUCUAAAUCAUAUAUUUUACAUCAUUUACAAUUUUCUGCAGAUAGCCAAUAAAUCACAAGCUAUGAUGCGACAGCGAAUCUCCGUGUUCUUUAUGUGUGCAUCAAUCCUAAAUGUCAAGGCUGUGCCACCACGAUGCACAAGAGCUGAUAUCAAGAAGCUGAAUAGCACAGUAAUUACCUCGAAGAGCGAACUAACAGAGGCAUUUAAUAGCAAAUUACAAGUGAUCAAGAAUGACAUAAGAUCCGAACUAGCCAAUGAAAUUGGCAAUCUCUCCGACAAACUUACCAAUGAAAUAAACCAAAAUGAAGAAAAACUGAAAAUUGAUGUGAAUAUUGUGAAUACUGAAGUGCUUAAAGUAAACAAUAAACUGGACCAGAUCAAAAAUGACAUCAAAAGAGAACUGAAUGAUGAAAUCGAUCAGCUGACUGGAAGUAUUAAUCAAAAAUUCGAUGAUCUGAAUAAGAAGCUGAUUGAAGCAUUCAACAGUACACUAGUUCAGAUGAAGAAUGAUAUCAAAGAUGAACUUACUACGGAAAUCAAUCAAAAUGAAGACAAGCUGAAUGCGGUGAAGACACAACUGACAAAAACAACUACUGAACUGAGUGAUUGUGUAUGUGAGAGAAAAAGACAGAGAAGUCUAAUCUACUAUGCUGGCCCUUACAUCUAUACAUUUGCCGCUGCAAAGGCAUACUGUAAAAGUAAGGGUCACAAGAUAGCCACACCAGGCCAAUUAGACGCAGCGUUUGCAUUAGGGAUGGAGUCGUGUGCUUGGGGAUGGGUUGAAGAUGGAAGUCUUAGGUUUCCACAACAGAUGCCAUAUACAAACAACAGGGGUGGAACACGUGGAUUAAAUACUGAGCUGAAUUACAAUCCAUCAGCCAAAUAUGGAGUCUAUUGUGCUACAAACCCAGGUCCAUAACAGUAACAUUACACAAACUAAGCAACAGUAUUAUGAUGUGCAAUUGAAUCAAACGCAUGGACUGCAUCAGUGCCUCAUGAUGAACUAUGGAAUAUCAUAACUGUAUACAGGGUGGCCCAUAUUUUCUUUGGCGAUAACGUCUUCAAUUGUAAAUAUGUUUUUGCUUAAGAUUCAGUAAUCAAUAUUGUACUUGUCUGAAAUGGACAGCAUUGGUUUCUGACUGUAAGGAUAUAUUCUCAGCAACAAUUACACGGAUAUAUUGGUCAUAUCUCAAAUUAUCGUAUGAUCUGUAAAAUGAAGCCGUCUGAUUGGUCAGUUCUUGUGCUGUACCAAUCUGUAUUGCUACUGAGAUUGUCCCCGUUGAUCAUCAUCGCCGUCGCAAUACAGAAAAUAUUGGUACGGAGGGGACAAUCUCAGUAGCAAUACAGAGGAUCACACGAUAAAAACGUUAUUGAAAGAUUUGAAGUGCAAUACAGGAUAUAUUCUGUCUCGAUAUUCUGUAUUGGCACUCGACUUCGUCUCGUUCCAAUACGGAAUUUCUCGAGCAGAGAAUAUAUCCUGUAUUGCACUUCAAAUCAUUCAAUGACUUAUAAUAUUGUUUUUAUUUAAUUGUUUUGUAGCGCUUCAGUUCAGUUUUUAU